AUGCUCAAAAUCGUUGCUCUCCUCGGUCUUGUGGCUGCUGUUGCUCAUUGUGCCAGCGUGGCUACUGCCGAUUCCAAAGAUAGCCAAUGCUCGAUUACCGAUAGAUUCAAAGCCAUGUCGUGCCUAUUGAAAAUGGCCGAAUUCGUUGAUAAAAUUGACGAGCUUGAUUUGGAUGAGGAGAAUGACCUCGCAGAGUUCCACAAGUCGUGCAAAGACAUUUCGAGCUGUUUUGCAUCGAUGAAAUGUGGUGGAGAAAAAAGUGAGAUGGUUGUCAAUCGCCUCAAGGGAUAUUGCGAAGCAGUCAAUUUUUUCUCAGCAGAAUUCAUUGAAUGUGGAAACAAGCUCGAGGAGAAAAAAUCGAAAUGCUACGAUGAAUACAAUCCAUUCGAGUACGUUGACGAAUCGACAAAGCCCGUGGAUCCAAAAGCGCCGAAGCCAAUUUGCAAAGGACUCUUUGGAAAAGACAACUGCAUGAAGAAAGAUGUUAGCGAGACUUGUGGAGAAAAAGAUUGGGAGGGACUUAAGAAAUAUAUGGCGUAUAUUGCCAACUCUUCGGAAGUUUGUACAGUGCCACCAGUUUAA